UAAUUUUGUACCUGAUUCUCAGGUUGUAAAUUCUGCAAUGAAAACUCCAAUGACUGAACUAACUGUUGGAAUUCUGGAUAUCUAUGGAUUUGAAAUCUUCCAGAAAAAUGGGUUUGAACAAUUUUGCAUCAACUAUGUAAAUGAAAAAUUACAGCAGAUAUUUAUAGAAUUAACACUAAAAGCUGAACAGGAAGAGUAUGUACAGGAGGGUAUUAAAUGGAAUCCAAUAGAAUACUUCAAUAAUAAAAUAGUGUGUGAUCUCAUCGAGAACAAGACUUCCCCUCCUGGAAUAAUGUCCAUUGUGGAUGAUGUCUGUGCAACAAUGCAUGCUGUCAAUGAAG